CCGGCGGAGACACUUCGCAGCGUGGCAGCCCGGGUCUGCGCCUGAAGUCUCCAGAUCCCAGCCAGCUUGGUCCAAUCCUCGCCAGUCGCAAUCCCCUGUGCCCAAGCCAAUCUACGCCGAGAGCGGCAGCAUGCAUGCAGUGUCGCGCCCUGAGCUCUGAAAGCAGCCGGUGAACAAGCUUGCUUGCCUGUCUUUUUAGGUUUGGGGGCUCUUGACUACACGGAUGUGCCUCCCUCCUUUGGCAUGAUGGGGAUCUUUUUGGCGUCUGUUGGAUUUGUGUUCUUUUCCGUGUUAUAUGUACAGCAAGGGCUUUCUUCUCAAGCAAAAUUUACCGAGUUUCCGCGGAACGUGACUGCGACCGAGGGACAAAAUGUGGAGAUGUCCUGUGCUUUCCAAAGCGGCUCCGCUUCAGUGUACCUGGAGAUCCAAUGGUGGUUCCUUCGGGGACCAGAGGACCUGGAGCAUGGGACCGAGGCGGCUGGCUCUCAGGUGGAGCUCUUACCCGACAGAGACCCGGACAAUGAUGGGACCAAGAUAAGUACAGUGAAAGUCCAAGGCAAUGACAUCUCCCACAAGCUUCAGAUCUCCAAAGUGAGGAAAAAGGAUGAAGGCUUAUAUGAGUGCAGGGUGACAGACGCCAACUACGGGGAGCUACAGGAACACAAGGCCCAGGCCUACCUGAAAGUCAAUGCCAACAGCCAUGCGCGGAGAAUGCAGGCCUUUGAAGCCUCGCCCAUGUGGCUACAAGACAUGAAGCCUCGAAAGAAUGUGUCAUCCGUGGUUCCCAGCAGCAUCCACAGCUCUGCCAACCAACGAACGCACUCCACCUCCAGCCCUCAAGCGGUAGCCAAAAUCCCCAAACAAAGUCCACAAUCAGCAAAGAGCAAAUCGCCUGUAAAAUCUACGGAGCGGACAGCAAAGUUGACCCUAAACUCCAAGCACCAUUCUGCACCCCUGUACUCUAGUUACCUACACAAGGAACAUCAGCUUCCGGAAGCAUAAGUGAAGAGGCUAUUACACGCUUUAUUGAUAGUAUUUUCUUUGGGAAGUCGCUGAUCUUUUAUUUGAAGAGAAUUAAUGUGAAGCGAUAGGACAUAUUCUAAUAACAAGAUCUGGGUUUUUUUUUUUGUUUGUUUUGUUUUCUUUCAACAAAUAAAAUCUACAUUUCACUAACUGCUCAGGAGUUGGCCUGAAAGUCAUCAGUAUAGUAGAUAUUUCCAUGGAUUCCACCAAUUUCCUACGAAGGGACACCUAAUCCGAAUGAAGCAAACAAAGAUAGCAAGCCUAAGACAUGCAAACUAUCUUCAAACAGCACCCCAGCUGGGGAAACAAAAAAAAAAAAAAAACAAAAUGCUGGACACUGCGGAUCAACAACACGCAACUUUAUUUUACGUAAGGAAGAAUCAGAGCAAUUUUUUUUUUCGAAAAAAAAAACCAACUUCUUUUUCCCCCGUGGAAUUUUUCUUGGAGUUUCCCUUCUUUUCCUUGAUUGCCGUUCUUGUUCUGUGGUAGCAAGUGCCAAUUAUGGCCAAUCCUAGUCAAUCCUGGGAGGUUUAUAUUCAUACAUAUUGAGUGUACUAUAUUUCAAUGUAUUUUAAUUCAUUUUAAAAUUUCUGUAUAUGCAAACCUGGCAAAUUCUGUAAAUUGCUUCUAUUAUGUGUGAUAUGACUUCAAGGUAGAUAGAUACGACCCUCAUGCAAGCUGACUUUCUCCAUUCUAUAUGCAAAUAUAUCCAUGAGCAUAUAUUAGGCCACGAGCUUCUUUUCCUAAAGCAUUAUUUUUCUUUUACAACUCACGUAUUGUGUGAAUUCUGUAGUGUGUUUCUCUGUUCCACUGGUUUGAUAGCUACGGUUUGUCUCUGUUGUCCUCUGCUUCCUCCUGGAAAAUGCAUAUUUAAAUUGUAUAUGUCUCUGAUAAAUGAAUUAAUUUUGUUGAGUGUGUACCAUGUUGGAAUUUGCUGCGUUCUUUUAUAUGUGUGUUUAUUGAGGUUUGGGGAUCUCGAGUCCGAAGAAUGCACAUCCUGGUUUUGACAGAUCUCUUCAUGUUAUCAAUAUUCUGUCUCAGAAAAAAGAAUGAGGCCAAGUGGGAAAACUGGAGAAGAUAUUUUGACUCCUCAGGUUCCUGGAAGAGCAUAUCACACUCAGACUAAAUAACGCUGCUUCCUUUGUUCUUCAAGAAUUUUUUAGCUUUGUCAUUCUGUUAUUUGCUGCUAAUUAUAUUUUAAUGUCUACUAAUUAAAAUUUAAAAUGUGAUUGUUGGCUGAAUAGAAUAUGCAAAUGACUGCAAACCCCAUACUAAAGAAGAUAGGUGUUCAAUCGUCACUCAUUAAUCAUAGUUUUAAAUAUUCUGUUGUUAUUUUUGACUUUAUUAAUGUUGUUUAGACCCAUUUUAAAUUAAUCUUUCUCUGGCAAAGAAAGAUAUAACAAUUAAUAGAGUCCCUCUUACAAAAUGGAAUAGUUAUGGUUUGAGAAAAAACACAUCCAGAUAGACUUUCAGAGAGAUUAUUGUAUUUCCUUUCAGUAUAAAUUCAGAACACCAUCUGUGUAGGAAUUUAAGGUUCGAAAUUGAAGCUUGAAGGCCAUGAAUACCUUUGAUUUUUUUUUAUGUAAAGGGCUGGACUCUGCCAUUCUAUCAGCAACGUGUAUAUUUUCAUAACAUUCUUGACAUUCUCUUUUAAGAAGUAUUGUUUUAUGCUAAAUCUUUCCUUGCCAUUUUUUUGUUUCAUUUGAUUCAUUAUUUCAUUCUAGUGAGAAAAAUAAAGGUUUAAUUGUGAUAGUUUAUUAACACACAAAUGUAUUUUCUUUCAAAGUUAAAUAUCUGAAAGUUGUUUAGAAUGAUAGGUAAAUAUUUCCUGUUAAGUCUCUUUGAGCUUAAAGGAUGCCAUACAUUGAGGCAUAUAUUAAUAUUCUGAUUUAAAGUCAACCAUACUUGGAAAAACCAUCAUGUAUUCUAUUUUUACUCAAUGUCCAAUUAAUGAUGUCAGCCAAUUCUACGUAAGCCAAGCUUGUACCCAUAUCAGCAAUGUUCAUCAUGCUUGUAAUAAAAGAGCACAUGCUAGUUUGGGAAGAAUGCUCACUAGAUUCAUUGUAUCAGUGUCCAAAAUAAUAAAGACCUGUGUAUCACUGUGUGACCAAAGUCCAGCCAGCCCUCCACUUGCAUAAAGGAAGAUGGCAUACUAUCUGUUUGUUCUAAACUUAAAAAAGUAAGGCACUUUAAACAUUAGAGCAGAAAGUACAGCUGUUAAUGAGACCUUGUAAACAGUUGUACUCUGUGUUAUAUUCAUUUGGGACUAUAUUUUUUAUGUAGCCAUGAUUAUGGAAAUGUAUAGAAAUGCAAAAAUAUCUGGCUUUCUCAACCUUGUCUCCAAGGUUAUAUAGUAUCUUUUAUAAGAUAGAAAAAGUUGAAAUUGCUUACAUAAGUUUAAGCUAGAGAUUUUAUUUCUUAAAGACUUAUAGGCCGUUAACAAAACAAAGGAGGCAAAUGAAAAUCCUCCUGAACCAAAUAGGAUACUAGAAUUCUCUAAAGCAGAGGCUGUAAUCGAAGUUAGUAAGGAAGCUUCGUGGAGAACCAGCCCCAUUGACAGUCAGCCCUGCAUGUCCUUCAGCAGCACCCUAUUUGUGCGGUGUUUAUGCUGUAUUAGGCAUAGCAAUUAGAGAUGAUUUAACAUGCAGCAGGAGGUGUUUAUCAUUUUCAAACGCUAUGUCACUUUAGCUAAGAGACUCGCGUACCUACAAUAUUCUGAUAUCCAAUGACAGGCCUGUAUAGCCAUCUAUCUACAGAUGCUAGGGGGAGAGCUAUAUGUGGAUGGUUUUUCUGAUAUUCAUUUUAUAGACAUAGUCCUUGGCAUGUAUUACUUAUAAAAAGUCAUUUAGACAUGGUUUCCUCACCUGAGACAGAAAUACAUAAAUGAUUUUUGGGAGCCUAAGAAGUCCUCAUUACUAUGUGUUUGAAGUUGUUUACUUUCAAGUUCUCAGAAACAAAAUGUGUUCAAUAUUAGUACACACAGAGACACACAAAUUUGGCAAAUAAAGUAUAUAUUUUUAAGCCUAGAAAACAAUUUAAAUUUAUUAUACAUGGAUGGAAUAAUAGGUAUAGAGUAUCAUUUGUUGACUUCUUACAAAAGAUGCUAAUAAAAAAAAGGAAUAGUGAAACAUUCCUGUAACCACAAGACUUAGCAGGUUUGAAUAGGAAAAUCAUGAAUUCAAGUCUAACCUGUCUACAUAGUGAAACCCUGAAUCAGUUAAAAAAAUCAAAAAUAUAUAUAUGGUUUAAUUUUUUCAAAAAUGCACAUAUAUUUUUCCUGUAUUAAUCUUAUAUAAGAAAUAAAUAUUAGCAGUCAUAUUAAUUUGCAUAAAAAAUAAUCACAAGGUCAAAGCAAUCUUUCUUGAGAUAACACAUAAAUUGAUGAUUGAAUUGAGACUAUGAAGCAAAAAGUCACAAGUCUUUUAAGUUUUAUACCAAGCAGUUUUAUAUUUAAAAUGGUUCAUUAAUAUAGGGAGUUCUCUGUCAUUCAGGAAAUGUCAGCCUUGAAGUAGAUAAGGUCUUUCCCUGUGUGAAGUGAGAGACAAGAGAAAAGCAUUCAAAAGCCAGAAAUUGUGCAAUGCUGAUACAUUCUGUGAAGACCCAAGAGGAGGAGAAUAAAGGAGAGUGACUAGGAAGUCACGGGAGGUUGCUCUGGGGGUGCAGUUGUGCAAUGAUAAGAAGCAGAGAAUUUGGGAGAAGUAUCUUUAGGGAGAGGGAACAGACCAUGCCAACCUCCUGAAGCAAACAUCAGGUAGAGUUGUCCAAGGGCUAGUCUGUGAACACAGGCCGGCAGAGAAAGAAAGGUGGGGGGAACCUGAUGAGAGUCUGAGGCAGGAUUUCACAAGGAAUCUUCAGAGGGUACUGAACCUAGGUGAACUAACCAAGUGGAGCCAGAGCUUACAGAUCUCACUAAGAGGUGUGAUUCUGCUCUCAAGAGACAGGCUUUUUCUGUCAUCCUAAAGCUUAGUCACAGUUUAUCAUGUUAACAACACUGAAGUUUCCAAAUUGUUUGUAUUUGUGUAUGAGAGUGUGUGUCUGUG